AUGGGCACCGAGCAGCCCGGUCCAAGUGUCAGAAGGAAGUCGACAAAGAAAACAGAGAACUUAGUACUACCACAGUUGCCUCAGAUAAGGUCUAAACCACUGUGGCAGCAGACUUGUCCUUCAUUCCGUCUGAGCAAAGAACAGAAAGAUGAUGAGUCAGAUGAGUUUACUGUAAAAAAUGAGUGUUCAUCUGAAUAUUUGGAGGUGAGAUCCAAGAGACGGAAGAUAUGGGAUUCUACAGGUAAUAAAGGAGGUGCUGGACCGUCAACUUCUACGCUGCAGAGCACCAUCCGUCUGAAAAAACAACAACGAUUCAGAAGUGCUCUUGUUGACUUUAUAUUGCACCAAGACCUUCCUGAAGAACAGCUUCUUUCCCCUGAUGGAACCCAGCUUUCAGAAGCAGAUUCUUCUACACCAAUAGAGAAUGAUAUUUUGAAAUACUACUACUACAUUCGCCAUGGAAUUGAUACAGCAAAUGUGUCCCCAGUGGAUCAGUCAUGGAUAGACCACAUCUUAGCUUUACUUCCACAACAUCUGAAAGUGCGCAGUGAAAGCAUACGUUCACUGACUGAUGAAAUAAAAGAAGAUUAUCUUCUGAGUGUAAAAAAGGCUAUAGUUGACUUUGUUUUAAGAGACACCAGGGAAAAAGAUGAAGACAAGAAAGAUGAUCUCCCUCAUCGUGCAGAGAUAGCAGUAGUGCCAAAGCCUUGGAACAAGUCUUUCUUGUCAGCAUGCAGUUACAUGAAAGCAAAUUUGCAUGCCAUAAAUCCUACAAUGCUUGCUGUUCUGAACUUGUGGGAGACCUCAUUUAAAAAUUUCCGCCUUCUUGAUACUAAAAUAUUUCACAAUCAGCCAGAAGCUGAGGACCUCUCAGGAUUCCAGAAUAAAAUCAUGAAGGAAAUUGGAAAAGCCAGAGCGAUUCUGUCUAACAAUUGGCUUCCAGAAGUGCAGAAAAUCUUUUACCAGGGAAAUAAAAGGAAACAAGUACCCAGCGGUGCCAGCACCAGGAAGUUAGAGUCCUUCUUCGGUUCUGCUGCCACUUUAAUGACUCGUCAACUACAACACUUACUUUUACAGUCAAUUCAAGACUUUACAGAUUUAAUUGCUCAACCUGCAAAAUCAUUCCAAGCCUACAAACAGCCAGGUUUAAUCCUGAAGCCAAUCAUUCAGAAUGACAAUAUUAAAUUUGAACUUGACUUUUGUGACUAUGAGGAUACAUUACUUAAUAUUUACACUAUUAUGAUUCAAGCUGUCAGUGAUAUACCAAGAAUUGAGACCCAGUUAUUUUCUAAGUGGCCAAAAGGUGAGUUCUCAUCAACUGUCUUGAAGCCCAUUAUCCUGGAUGAGAUCUUGGAUGAGCAUAAGAAAAGGAUCAGAGAAGAAAUUAUCAAAGAGAGUGUUGCACCUGUGGAACAUCUCAAGCUGUAUGAUAAGUACAGCUUCCUGAUAAACAAACAAGCUGAACGAGAUAUUGAUCAAUUCCUGUCAGGGGAAUAUACCUUUGAAGAAAUGACAACAGAAAUUAUAAAGUACCAGAAACUUGUGAAGGAAAUAAAAUGUACUUCUGGGAAGCGCCUCCGUCUAGGAUUGUUUGAAUUGCAUUGUGAUGAUUUAAUAAAUACUUUGGGAAGGCGAGCAGAAAAUAUUAGUGAAAAAGUGAUUUCCAAAAUGCUUGAUGAUCUUAAAGACAUAAACAUGAGACUAUGUGAUGGGUAUGAGAGAAUAUCAGAAAAAGCCCUUUCUCUUCCGGCUAACACGCAGGAACUAAUGGAGCUUAAGGAUGCUGUAAAGAAGAUACAAACGUGUGACAUUAUUGAAUUGGAGCAGAAAUUAGCGGCUGCUGUAAAAUACGUUGUUUUCCUGGUAGAUUGUGUCAGCUUUUCACCAGCAGACCUUCAACUGAACAGUAGCGUUUUUCAGUGGCAUGAUCGAAUGCCAGAUAUCUUUGAGGACCACAGGAAGAUAAUUGAAGAAAAAACUGUGCAAUUUCAAGAAGAGCUUAAGAUGCACUGUCAGCAAUUUGCUGAGGAACUAGAAAGCUAUGCUAAGCAGGUUGAAGAGUUUAGCACAUUUGGAGAUGUUCAGGAACUCGACAAGUAUUUGAAGAAAGCUCAAGCAUUAAAUAUGAAAUUGGAUGCUGCUGGUGAAAAGGUGAAUCAGUUUAAUUCAGAAGAAGAGUCCUUUGGAUGGCCAGUAUCUCAGUUCCCUCAACAUAGAAGCAUCCAGAAUACUCUUGCUCCGUAUCUUCGUCUCUACAAUAUGACUGUUGAAUUCAACAAAAAACAUGAAGGCUGGACAGAGGGAUCAUUUGCAGAAGUGAAUGCAGACGAAGUAGAAGCAGAUGUAGGAAGCUACUGGCAGGGACUGUAUAAACUAGAAAAAUGCUUCCAAAAUUCUCCAAAUGCAUUAGCAAUAACAAGACAGGUUAGAUCAAAAGUAGAGGAAUUCAAACGCCAUAUUCCUCUAAUCCAGGUGAUUUGUAAUCCUGGUUUGCAAGAAAGGCACUGGCAAGAGAUGUCAAAAAUUGUUGGUUUACCACUGUCUCCUUCUGAAGACUCAAAUCUCUUGUCAUAUAUUAACAUGAAUCUUGAACCAUACCUGGAAAAGUUUGAGACCAUCAGCGAAACAGCCAGCAAAGAGCAUUCACUUGAGAAGGCUUUAGUGAAAAUGAUUUCUGAAUGGGGUGAAAUGGAGUUCAGUUUCCAUAUCUAUCGAGAUACAGGAAGCUAUAUUUUGUCAUCUGUGGAAGAUAUUCAGCUGUUACUGGAUGAUCACAUUGUCAAAACUCAGACUAUGAGAGGCUCUCCUUUUGUUAAGCCUUAUGAAACGAGAAUAAGGGAAUGGGAAGGAAAGCUGUUGUUGGUGCAGGAUAUCCUGGAUGAAUGGCUGAAGGUACAGGCUACUUGGCUUUAUUUGGAGCCAAUUUUUAGUUCUCCUGACAUCAUGGCUCAGAUGCCUGAAGAAAGUAGACGAUUCACUACUGUGGUUAAGACAUGGAAAGAAGUAAUGAAAUCAGCUUUAGAGGACAAGCACGUUCUGGCAGUAGCAGAAAUAGACAGUAUGUUGGAAAAACUGAGAAAGUGCAAUGAAUUUAUGGAGCUAAUUCUCAAAGGACUUAAUGAAUACCUAGAGAAGAAGCGUCUGUUUUUCCCAAGAUUCUUUUUCUUAUCUAAUGAUGAACUCCUUGAGAUCCUUUCAGAGACCAAAGACCCUACUCGAGUACAACCUCACUUGAAAAAGUGUUUUGAAGGAAUUGCAAAAGUGCAAUUUACUGAUGCAUUAGAUAUUACACACAUUAAAAGUCAUGAAGGAGAGACUGUGGAACUCAUAGAGACAAUCUCGACAUCGGCAGCUAGAGGUCAGGUUGAAAGAUGGCUGGUUGAACUGGAGAAAGCUAUGCUGAAGUCUAUCCACAAGAUCAUUGGGGAGGCACUUGAAGCUUAUCCAAAAACUGCACGUAUUAAUUGGGUAAGAGAGUGGCCUGGCCAAACAGUUCUUUGUGUAUCCCAAACUUUCUGGACAUUGGAAGUACAGAUGUCUAUUAGAAAUGGCCAAGUGGCGCUAGAGGAUUAUCUGAAACAGAAUAAUAAACAAAUUGAGGACAUUGUCACCUUGGUGCGAGGAGAGCUGUCUCAGCAGAAUCGAGUGACUUUAGGAGCACUUGUUGUGCUUGAUGUUCAUGCUAGGGAUGUUAUUGCAUCUCUAGUAAGCAAGAAAGUCAAAGAUGAGGAUGACUUUGAAUGGUUAAGUCAGCUUAGGUACUACUGGGAGGAAGGGCAUCUAGAAACAAAGAUGAUUAAUGCUGGACUGAGGUAUGGAUAUGAAUAUCUUGGCAAUACUCCUAGGCUGGUUAUUACUCCACUUACAGACAGAUGCUACAGAACCCUAUUUGGUGCACUACACCUGCAUCUUGGAGGUGCCCCUGAAGGUCCUGCUGGAACUGGAAAAACAGAAACUACAAAAGAUUUAGCAAAGGCUGUAGCUAAACAGUGUGUGGUUUUCAAUUGUUCUGAUGGAUUGGAUUACCUUGAGCUAGGAAAAUUUUUUAAGGGUUUAUUGACUUGUGGGGCAUGGGCUUGCUUUGAUGAAUUCAACAGGAUUGAUUUGGAAGUACUCUCUGUGGUUGCUCAGCAGAUUUUUACUAUCCAAAGAGGCAUUAAUUCAGGAGCUGAGAUAAUAGUAUUUGAAGGAACUGAACUGAAGCUGAAUCCGACAUGUGCAGUCUUCAUUACGAUGAAUCCUGGUUAUGCUGGGCGUUCAGAACUUCCUGAUAAUCUUAAGGCUCUCUUUAGAACGGUAGCUAUGAUGGUUCCUGAUUACGCCAUGAUUGCAGAGAUUGUUCUUUAUUCUUGUGGGUUUGUUACUGCUAGACCUUUAUCUGUAAAAAUUGUAGCUACGUAUCGUCUGUGUUCAGAGCAGCUGUCUUCUCAGCAUCAUUAUGAUUAUGGAAUGAGAGCUGUGAAAUCAGUACUUACUGCUGCUGGCAACCUGAAGCUGAAAUAUCCGUCAGAAGAUGAAGAAAUUUUACUCCUUAGAUCCAUUACAGAUGUCAACCUGCCGAAAUUCUUGUCUCAUGAUAUACCACUUUUUGAGGGUAUUACUUCUGAUUUGUUUCCUGGUGUGAAGCUACCAAAACCAGACUACAGUCACCUAUUGGAAGCCAUCAAAACAAACUGUGAAGCUAUGAAUUUGCAAAUGACUGAUGCAUUUACUAUGAAGAUCCUGCAGAUAUAUGAGAUGAUGAUUGUGCGUCAUGGCUUUAUGAUAGUUGGUGAGCCUUUUGGAGGAAAAACAUGUGCAUAUAAAGUUCUGGCAGGAGCAUUGGGAGACAUAUGUAAGAAGGGCGUGAUGGAAGAAAACAAAGUUCAAAUUGCUGUUUUAAAUCCCAAAUCCAUAACUAUGGGUCAGCUGUAUGGACAAUUUGAUCCAGUGUCACAUGAAUGGUCAGAUGGUGUCCUAGCAGUGAACUUCAGAGCAUUUGCUGCUUCUCAAACUCCAGAUAGAAAAUGGCUAAUUUUUGAUGGGCCAGUGGAUGCAGUAUGGAUUGAGAAUAUGAAUACUGUGCUUGAUGAUAAUAAAAAGUUGUGCCUUAUGAGUGGAGAGAUCAUCAAAAUGUCAGAUCAGAUGAGUCUUAUUUUUGAACCAAUGGAUUUAGAAGUUGCUUCUCCUGCUACCGUUUCAAGGUGUGGUAUGAUCUACAUGGAACCCCAGCUGUUAGGAUGGAGACCAUUAAUGAUGUCUUGGCUAAAUACAUUGCCUUCAGGAAUCAGCUCUGUGCAUAAAGAAUUCAUAAGAAGUCUGUUUGACAGAAUGGCUCCACUCUGCCUUGAGUUUAUUAGGAAGUAUACAAAGGAACUGUCUCCUACUUCAGAUACAAACUUAAUUCAAUCACUAAUGAAUCUGAUGGACUGCAUGAUGGAUGAAUUUGCUGAUGAAGACAAAGUUAAAGAAGUUAAUGACCAAGACAUUUUCUCUUGGCUGGAGGGUAUUUUUCUGUUUUCACUGAUAUGGUCUGUAGGAGCUAGCUGUAGGGAUGAUGGUCGACUGAAAUUUGACAUAUUCCUGCGAGAAAUUCUUAAUGGAUCACUUAGUGAGGAGACAAACAAACAAUACAAAUUGUUCACAAAGUUUGAACAGUCUUCAAAAGCUUUCACAGUUCCAUUUCCAAAAGAAGCAACAAUUUAUGAUUAUCGAUUUGUCAAAGAGGGACCAGGACUUUGGGAACCCUGGGUGGAAGCACUCAAAUCAGCUCCUCCUAUACCUAGUGAUAUGAUGUUUAAUGAAAUAAUUGUACCAACUCUGGAUACUGUUCGAUACAUGGCAUUGAUGGAAUUACUGACAUUACAUCAAAAACCUUCUAUAUUUGUGGGGCCAACAGGAACUGGGAAAAGUACCUAUAUUACUAAUUUUCUUUUAAGGAAUUUGAAUAAAGAUGUCUACACACCACUGCUUGUUAACUUUUCAGCACAAACUACAGCAGCUCAGACUCAGAACAUUAUAAUGUCCAAGCUGGACAAAAGGAGAAAAGGAAUUUUUGGACCACCUUUUGGAAAAAAAUUGGUUGUAUUUGUAGAUGAUGUUAAUAUGCCAGCACGAGAGGUCUAUGGUGCUCAGCCACCUGUUGAAUUACUACGGCAGUGGUUAGAUCACUGGAAUUGGUAUGACCUUAAAGACUGCUCAAAGAUUAAACUGACGGAUCUUCAAAUUGUGUGUGCAAUGGGACCACCAGGUGGAGGCCGAAACCCAGUAACCCCACGAUUCUUGCGACACUUCAAUACAGUUAUUAUUAAUGACUUUGAUGAUGAAUCCAUGUACACAAUUUUUUCUAGAAUCUUAGACUGGCACCUAACAAUAUGUUAUAGCUUUCCAUCAGAAUAUGUAGAACUGACUCCACAAAUUAUUAAUGGAACCAUGAAUAUAUAUAAAGAAGCUAUGAAGAAUCUGCUGCCUACUCCAGCCAAAUCUCAUUAUUUGUUCAAUCUCCGUGACUUUUCACGUGUUAUUCAAGGUGUUUGCCUGUCAAGGCCUGAAACAACAGAAUCUCACAGCAUGCUAAAACGUCUCUGGGUUCAUGAGGUUCUUAGAGUGUAUUAUGAUCGGUUGGUGGAUGAUCCUGACCGGGCUUGGCUUGUUGGAUUUAUCCAAGAAGUAGUGAAAAAUCACUUAAAUGAAGACUUUAAUGAACUUUUCCAAAAUCUGGACUUCAACAGUGAUGGCCAAGUUGAAGAUGACUUGCGUAGACUAAUGUUUUGUGAUUUUCAUGACCCUAAGAGAGAGGACACUACAUACAGAGAGGUUAAUAAUGUGGAUCAAUUGAGAUUAGUUGUAGAAAGUCACCUUGAAGAGUUUAAUAACAUGAGCAAAAAGCCAAUGCAGCUUGUCCUGUUCCGAUUUGCUAUCGAGCAUAUUUGCAGAAUUUCCCGCAUUUUGAAGCAGCCUCGCAGCCAUGCCCUCCUUGUUGGUGUUGGUGGUAGUGGCCGGCAGUCUCUUACUCGAUUAGCAGCCCAUAUGGCUGAAUACAGCCUUUUUCAGGUCGAAAUAACUAAAAGUUAUGGUAACAAUGAGUGGCAUAAAGACUUAAAAGCCAUAUUAAGAAAAUCUGCUGAAGGAGAAACACAGGGAGUUUUCUUGUUCACAGAUACGCAGAUUAAAAAGGAAUCAUUCUUAGAAGACGUUAGUAAUUUACUAAAUGCAGGUGAGGUGCCAAACCUCUUUGCAGUAGAUGAGAAACAAGAAAUUUGUGAUCAGAUGCGUCAAAUAGAUCGCCAACAGGACAGGUCAAAACAGACAGAUGGCAGUCCUAUAGCUCUUUUUAACAUGUUUGUUGCUCGCUGUCGAGAUCAGCUGCAUAUAGUACUGGCUAUGAGUCCCGUUGGUGAUGCUUUUCGUAAUCGCCUGCGUAAAUUUCCGGCCCUUGUUAACUGCUGCACACUGGACUGGUUUCAGUCAUGGCCUGAAGAUGCAUUAGAAGCUGUUGCCUCUCGCUUCUUGGAAGAUGUUCAAAUGUCAGAAGAAACUCGAAGUGGAUGUAUUGAUAUGUGUAAAAGCUUUCAUACAUCUACCAUUGAUUUAUCGGACUUAUACCGUGCAGAGCUUCAAAGACACAACUAUGUUACACCUACUUCAUACUUGGAAUUAAUCUAUACUUUUAAAAGUCUACUUGAAAAGAAACGCACUAGGGUGAUGAAAUUGAAAAGAAGAUAUGAAGUUGGCUUGGAGAAACUGAACUCUGCUGCGUCUCAGGUAGCCUCCAUGCAGGCUGAGCUGGAGGCUCUGCAACCUCAGUUACGGGUAGCUAGCAAGCAGGUUGAUGAGAUGAUGGCCAUUAUUGAAAAAGAAUCUUUGGAAGUAGCCAAAACUGAAAAAGUUGUGAAAGCUGAUGAAGAAGUGGCAAAUGAGCAGGCCAUGGCUGCAAAAGCCAUCAAAGAUGAAUGUGAUGCUGACUUAGCAAAAGCCAUGCCUUUUUUAGAAAAUGCUCUGGCUGCCCUGGACACUCUCACUGCACAGGAUAUUACAGUGGUUAAGUCCAUGAAGAGUCCUCCUUCUGGUGUCAAGCUUGUAAUGGAAGCUAUAUGCAUCCUUAAAGGUGUCAAAGCAGAUAGGAUUCCAGAUCCAUCAGGUUCUGGGAAAAAAAUUGAGGAUUUCUGGGGUCCUGCUAAGAGACUACUGGGUGACAUAAGAUUUCUUCAGUCUCUUCAUGAAUAUGACAAGGAUAACAUUCCUGCAGCUUACAUGGCUAUCAUAAGAAAAAACUAUCUUACAAAUCCUGAAUUUGUACCAGAGAAGGUUCGAAAUGCUUCCACAGCAGCAGAGGGUCUGUGCAAGUGGGUUAUAGCCAUGGAGUUUUAUGAUACAGUGGCAAAAAAUGUUGCACCCAAAAAGGAGAAGUUGAAUCAAGCUGAAGGAGAAUUGAAGAUUGCUAUGGAUAGUCUAAGACAGAAACAAGCAGACCUGAAAGAGGUUCAAGAUAAAUUGGCUGUACUCCAGGAUACAUUGGAAUCCAAGAAACGGGAGAAGGCGGACUUGGAAAAUCAGGUUGACUUAUGCAGCAAAAAACUACAGCGAGCAGAACAAUUGAUCAGUGGCCUUGGGGGUGAAACAAUUCGUUGGCAUGACACUGCUUUGGACCUGGGACAGAAGUACACCAAUUUGACUGGAGAUAUACUUAUUUCAUCAGGAAUUGUAGCUUACCUAGGAGCCUUUACAUCCAGCUACAGACAAAUGCAAACUAAAGAGUGGGUAUUUCUAUGUAAAACAAAAAACAUUCCCUGUUCUGAUGAUUUUUCCUUAACAAAUACCCUGGGAGAACCGGUAAAGAUCAGAGCUUGGAAUAUUGCUGGACUACCUUAUGACAUGUUUUCUAUUGAUAAUGGCAUCAUUAUCUCUAAUGCAAGAAGAUGGCCUCUGAUGAUAGAUCCUCAGGGUCAAGCAAAUAAAUGGAUAAAGAACAUGGAAAAAGCUAACAAUUUGCAUAUAAUCAAACUCAGCGACUCUGAAUUUGUUACAACCCUGGAAAACUGCAUUCAGUUUGGCAGUCCUGUGCUACUGGAGAAUGUUGGGGAAGAACUUGAUCCUAUCCUAGAGCCACUUCUGCUCAAACAGACAUUUAAGCAGUCAGGGAGUAUAUGUAUUUGCCUUGGAGAUGCCGUUAUCGAGUAUGCUCCUGAAUUCCGCUUUUAUAUUACAACUAAGCUGAGAAAUCCACAUUAUCUUCCUGAAACAUCUGUGAAGGUUACAUUAUUGAACUUCAUGGUAACUUCAGAAGGAAUGCAAGAUCAGCUUCUUGGAAUUGUAGUUGCAAAAGAAAGGCCAGAUCUUGAAGAAUCAAAACAAGCCCUCAUUGUUCAAGGGGCUGAGAAUAAAAGGCAGCUGAAAGAAAUAGAAGACAAGAUUUUAGAAGUUCUUUCAGCCUCAGAAGGAAAUAUUUUGGAGGAUGAAACUGCUAUCCAGAUAUUAUCUUCUUCAAAAGUUCUGGCUAAUGAGAUUUCUGAAAAGCAAGCUGUAGCUGAAGAGACAGAAAAGGAGAUUGAUGCUGCCCGUAUGGGCUAUUGUCCUAUUGCUGUCCAUUCGACAGUCUUGUUUUUUUCUAUUGCUGAUCUAGCCAACAUUGAGCCAAUGUACCAGUAUUCACUCAUGUGGUUUAUUAAUCUUUUUGUCAUGUCUAUAGAUAAUUCAGAGCAAUCAGAAGAUUUACCAACAAGGUUGAAGACUCUCAAGGAUCAUUUUACUUACUCACUCUACGUGAAUAUCUGUCGCUCCAUCUUUGAAAAGGACAAGCUGCUCUUCUCUUUUUGUCUAACCGUGAAUCUCAUGAAAUAUGAAAAAUUGAUUAAUGAGAAUGAGUGGCACUUUCUGCUGACUGGAGGCAUAGGGUUGGAGAAUCCCUUUUCUAAUCCAUGUUCCUGGCUUCCUCAAAAAUCAUGGGAUGAAAUUUGUCGACUAGAAAAUUUGCCAUCCUUCAGGAAUAUUAGUAAGGAUUUUGCACAACUGAAGGAUGGAUGGAAAUCAGUAUACGACAGUUUGAAUCCUCAGAAUGAAGAUUUUCCUGCAGAGUGGCAAGACAAAUUGGGGGAGUUCCAAAGGAUGCUUGUCAUUCGCUGCCUGAGGCCUGAUAAAAUAAUACCAAUGGUGCAGGAAUUUAUCACUCACAACCUGGGCCGCCCAUUUAUUGAGCCACCUCCAUUUGAUUUGUCAAAAGCAUUUUCUGACAGUCAUGCUUGUGCACCGCUGAUAUUUGUACUUUCCCCUGGUGCAGACCCCAUGGCAGCCCUUGUCAGGUUUGCUGAUGAUCAGGGAUAUGGUGAUGCAAAGCUUAGUUCUUUGUCACUUGGUCAAGGCCAAGGCCCAAUAGCCAUGAAAAUGAUACAGAAUGCAGUAAAGGAAGGAACAUGGGUAGUUCUGCAAAACUGCCAUCUUGCAAGUUCAUGGAUGCCAACACUGGAAAAAGUCUGUGAGGAGCUAAACCCUGAUACAACACAUCCAGAUUUCCGACUUUGGCUCACCAGUUACCCAUCUGUCACAUUCCCAGUAUCUGUACUUCAGAAUGGAGUGAAGAUGACUAAUGAAGCACCCAAAGGUUUACGGGCCAAUAUAAUUAGUUCGUACAUGAUGGAUCCAAUAUCUGAUCCUGAAUUUUUCAACAGCUGCAGCAAACCAGCUGAGUUCAAGAAGCUGCUGUACGGCCUUUGCUUCUUCCAUGCGCUUGUGCAAGAAAGGCGGAAUUUUGGACCAUUGGGUUGGAACAUUCCAUACAGUUUCAAUGAGACCGACUUGCGCAUCAGCGUGCAGCAGCUUCAUACCUUCCUCAACCAGUAUGAGGAGGUGCCAUACGAUGCUCUUCGCUAUAUGACUGGAGAAUGUAAUUAUGGUGGCAGAGUCACCGAUGACUGGGAUCGGCGUACACUCCGUAGUGUUCUAAACAUAUUCUUUUCCUCAGAAAUCAUUACAAAUGUAGAUUAUAAAUUUGAUUCAAGUGGCCUUUAUUUUGCUCCUCCUGAAGGAGAUUACCAAAGCUAUAUUGACUAUACAAAGACACUUCCACUGAAUCCUUCCCCAGAGAUAUUUGGAAUGAAUGCAAAUGCAGAUAUUACCAAGGAUCAGUCAGAAACACAACUGUUAUUUGACAGCAUUCUUCUUACACUGUCCCAGGCAUCUGGUGGUGGUGCAAAAUCUACCGAUGAAGUUGUCCAUGAAGUCACAAAUGACAUCCUGAGCAAACUGCCUCCAAAUUUUGACACUGAAGCAGCAAUGAGACGAUAUCCAACUAUUUAUACCCAAAGCAUGAAUACUGUGCUUGUACAAGAGAUGGGACGCUUUAACAAGUUAUUGCAGACGAUAAGAGACUCCUGUAUUAAUAUUCAGAAAGCAAUAAAGGGGCUAGUAGUGAUGUCUGCUGAACUGGAAAAAGUCGUGGAUAGCAUUCUGAAAGGCAGAAUUCCAGAACUAUGGAUGAGUAAGUCUUACCCAAGCCUCAAGCCUUUGGGCAGCUAUGUGACUGACUUCCUUCAAAGACUCAAAUUUUUGCAGUUGUGGUAUGAAAAUGGAGCCCCACCAGUCUUCUGGAUUUCAGGAUUCUUCUUCACUCAAGCAUUCUUAACAGGUGCCCAGCAGAACUAUGCCAGAAAAUACACCAUUCCAAUAGACCAGCUAGAAUUCGAUUAUGAAGUGCUGGAAGAUAAGGAAUAUGACACUGCUCCUGAAGAUGGUGUCUACGUUCAGGGGUUGUUCUUGGAUGGAGCACGCUGGAACAGGCAAACUAAGAUGCUUGGAGAAUCUCAUCCAAAAGUCCUCUAUGAUACAGUGCCUGUGAUAUGGCUAAAGCCGUGUAAGAGAUCAGAGAUUCCAAAGAGACCGAGUUACCUGGCCCCAUUGUACAAGACCAGCGAGAGAAGAGGGACUCUGUCAACAACAGGCCAUUCCACCAACUUCGUCAUCGCAGUAACUCUCGCUUCAGACAAACCCGAAGAGCACUGGAUCAGAAGGGGUGUGGCGUUACUAUGUCAGCUUAAUUCAUAG